GUGCUCAAUAAAUAAUAAUAAAUACCAUCGGGAGAUCGAUUGUUGAGUUCAGAGAGUUGCUGGGGCUGUGGCCACCGCCCCAGGAGGGCUUGCCGUGGGUGUGGGCCCAAAGUACCCGGUCUGCAGAAUGAAGAUAUCGUUGGCAGUGGGCAGCACGCCUACUGAUGCUCGCAGAGCCCCUCAGCAUCAUCAGGAGAAAAACCUCCAAAAAAAUGAGAUGUAUACUUAGAUCCUUUGGACCGUGAAGUAUUCAUGUAAUUAGCAGUCAACGAUGGGUUUGUCCGCAUCAACUCCUGCUGUGGCAGGCCAGACCCCAAAUGGAUCAGCUCAUCUUUCAGCAUCCCCACCUUCAGGAUGUCCCAUGCACGAAGGGAAAGCACAAGGUUGCCCAGUGAAUGGGCAGUCACCUGAGAAACCCACUGGAAGCCAAGCCAACUCGGUUCCUGCGCAUCAAGACCGUGCGUAUGAAUAUGUGGAGUGUCCUGUAAAGUCUUCUGCAUCUCAAACUAAAAAUGAUAUAGAUCCCACAAACAUGAUGCCUCCGCCUAAUCAGACCCCAUCCCCGGGUCAACCGUUUGCACUGUCGACUGUUCGAGAAGAGUCGUCGAUUCCCAGAGCGGAUUCUGAGAAAAAAUGGGUGUAUCCUUCAGAGCAAAUGUUUUGGAAUGCAAUGUUGAGGAAAGGGUGGAGGUGGAAAGAUGAUGAAAUAAAUCAGAAAGAUAUGUAUAAUAUUAUCAAGAUUCAUAAUCAGAAUAAUGAGCAGGCCUGGAAAGAGAUUUUAAAAUGGGAAGCUCUUCAUGCUACGGAAUGCCCAUGUGGGCCAACCUUGGUCCGAUUCGGAGGUAAAGCUAAAGACUAUUCACCGAGAGCAAAAAUCCGCUCUUGGAUGGGGUACGAGCUGCCCUUCGAUAGACAUGACUGGAUCAUUAAUCGCUGCGGAACAGAAGUCCGAUAUGUUAUUGAUUAUUACGACGGCGGAGAAGUCAGUAAGGACUACCAAUUUACCAUUUUGGAUGUUCGUCCUGCUUUUGAUUCUCCUACUGCCGUUUGGGACAGAAUGAAGGUAGCCUGGUGGCGCUGGACUUCAUAACCACUAUUUAACUCGGAUCGGAAAGGCUGCGAACUGUAUUCCUUUCCCAAAAAGGACAUUAAGCGGUAUUCCUCAAAUUGAAGUCGAGUUCAUGGUGGAAUAUGAGAAAUGCCAGUAAUUAAAUCUAACACUAUGCACUGAUAUUAGUAGUCCUAGGGUAGGAUGAUCUCUCUAUGGCAGUCCACCUGGCAGUUAAAAAAAAAAAAUGUCAGUUUUAGAUUUAUCAACUUCGGCAAAAUGAUCAGUUUCUUUAUAAAAAUAAUCGUGUGAAGUACCGUUGUUCUUUAUUUUGCCAGCGUGUUCACUCCGCGUAAAAACUGUAAGCCCAUUUAGUGCCACCACUACUUGCUAUUUUUAAUUUGAUGAACAGAGUGUUUGAUUUCUUUCCAGAAAAUCUGACACUGCAUGUUAUUUUUUGAGUUCUGCAUGAUUAUGUAAGUUUUAAUUGGCUACACAGCUUCACCCAAAACUUCCUCUCCAUAUUUAAAGUGACUAUGGAAGGCUG